AUGGCAGAAUUCAUUCAACAGAGUGAUGGUCAUGAAAUUCAGGGACAAUAUAUCACAGGGGAAAAUGAAAACUUUGAACAGCCCUAUUCAUACAUUCACCUACUGGCCGACACUGAGCCACCUCAGGAACCGCAUCAUGUCGAAUAUCAGAUGACUGAUGCUGCCUCUCUACCAUAUGACUCGCAGCAAUUCUGGCCGUCAGGCUCUAUGCCAGAGGUAUUGCCGCAACAAACUGGAUCGCCAAACCCCCAACAUUCAACGCAGCAUUUCCCUGCGCCAUUUUACACCAGUCCAUUGCAAAUUCAACCUAAUACCACAGCAAUGCCUUCUUCCACGUUCGUCCAGCACACAUCAAAUCCCUACCCAUAUCCUUUCUCUAGUUACCAAAUCGAAAGUCAAAAUCUGGUGACUCAACAUUUGGAAAGACAUCCUUCGGCAAUUUAUCGUGCACACACUCAGCCAUCAGCUAGUGUGCACCACUUCAUGGCAGCUCCAGACAACCAAGCUGACAUGAUGUGCUCACCCACGCCUCUACAAUCAGCCCCAUUAUGUAUUUCUGUCACCAAUGCAAAUAUUGACGCUGCUAAUUCAGCGCAAGGACAAUCGAGACAGACCACUUUGGAUGAACCUUGCACAAGUCGACUGCAGGACGACGACCACAGUGUCAAAAUGUCUCGUGACACUCACUUCCAGUUAUGCAGCUUUCUGCCACCAAGAACCAGUUUAAGUGAAUUCAUGUGCGCCUCCGCAGAAUCGCAUCAGCCGAUUUGUGUUGAACGACGGGCUUUUCAAAGGAAGAAGAAACAACUUCCCUGGAGUUAA